GGGAGGAGCUGAGGUCGCGGUGACGCGGGAAGAUGGCGGCUCAGUAGAGAGUCGGCGGCUGCGGAGGAGCGGCUUUAGCGCCUCUCACGACCGGUGGGGAUACAUUGCGGCUAAGUUAUGACAAGCAUGAAGAAUGUGAACCUGAUUAGCUGGCCCUUCUGGUGUAAUGGACCCUGUACAGUACCUGCCUGCAGCAAGCUCCUUUUUAACAUCAAUAACCAUGCUAUGAUUUGUGGCCAACUGUGUCAGAGAAAUUUGUCUUCAUGAAGAUUACUGACAUUGGUAAUGUGAUGAAUAAAUUUGAAGUCCUUGGAGUUGUAGGUGAAGGAGCCUAUGGAGUGGUACUAAAAUGCAGGCACAAGGAAACAAAUGAAAUUGUGGCCAUCAAGAAGUUCAAGGACAGUGAAGAAAAUGAAGAAGUUAAGGAGACAACAUUGAGAGAGCUUAAAAUGCUCCGUACUCUGAAGCAAGAAAACAUUGUUGAGCUUAAAGAGGCUUUUCGAAGAAGAGGAAAACUAUAUUUAGUCUUUGAAUAUGUGGAAAAGAACAUGCUUGAAUUACUUGAAGAGAUGCCAAAUGGCGUUCAACCUGAGAAAGCGAAAAAUUAUAUCUACCAACUAAUCAAAGCAAUUGAUUGGUGCCAUAAGAAUGAUAUUGUCCACAGAGACAUCAAACCAGAAAACCUUUUAAUAAGCCACAAAGAUAUGUUAAAGUUGUGCGAUUUUGGAUUUGCUAGGAACUUGUCAGAAGGUAGCAAUGCCAACUACACAGAAUAUGUGGCCACUAGAUGGUAUCGUUCACCUGAACUAUUGCUUGGAGCUCCAUAUGGGAAAGCAGUUGACAUGUGGUCUGUGGGCUGUAUUCUUGGUGAACUAAGUGAUGGACAGCCCCUAUUUCCAGGGGAGAGUGAAAUAGAUCAGCUUUACACAAUCCAGAGAGUCUUGGGACCAUUGCCACCAGAGCAGAUGAAGCUUUUUUAUAGCAAUCCACGUUUUCAUGGACUGCGGUUUCCUGCUGUCAACCAUCCUCAGACUUUGGAGAGAAGAUACCUAGGGGUUAUUAAUGGAGUUACACUAGAUCUUAUGAAGAAUUUGCUGAAACUAGACCCAUCUGAAAGAUAUCUGACAGAGCAGUCUCUGAACCACAGUGCUUUCCAGACUCAGAGACUGUUAUACCGAUCUGGUGGUACUUCCCCUUCUCGGUCAAGUAAAAGGAAGCCUCAUCAUUCUGACAGCAGCGGAGGAUCAAACAGAAAUCACGGAAGUAAAAAUGCAUCAACUCGAGCAGACAAUAGAGACCAACAGAAUCUAGGUGUUAGUUUUAAACGGGGAGAUGAGAGCCAUGAUGGUUUUUCUAAUGGAAGUUCAAUUCCACUCAGUCCAAGCCUUAUUCCCCAUCAAGACUAUCAACAUAGCAAACGGAACCUCUCUGGUAACAAGGAAUUAACUAACAAUAAUUUGUCACAUAUUCCCAGCCCACGACUAACCUCCAAGGAAGUACAUUCUAAAUCCAAAACUGAUUUCAAGGCUGAACAGAAGACUGCAGAAGGCCCAGGUGCAAAAUACUUAAAAGCGAAUACAAAAUCUGAAAAGAACAGGCACUCAUUCAUAGACAUGCCCCCAAAUAAAACUGGAACUUUGCCAAUGGAAAAGCCAAACCGACACAGUUACAUAGAACCAAUACAAGGCUCUGUUACUCAGCAGCCAAAGAACUCAGCACUUUUAACACCAUCAAAAACUUACAGAACACUGAGUGACUCUCGGUCAGUCGGAAAUCUUAGUGAAAUGAGAAUGCACGGGGAGGACCCAAGCUCCAAAUAUUUCCCUUCUAGCUGCUUGGAGCUCAAUGCCCCCAACAAUGUUACACCAACUGGACCCAGUGAAAACAGGUCACCACAAAAUCCAGCAGCGCUUAGUAAAGGACUGGAAACUCGCAGAUCAAUCACAAGACACUCGACAAAUGAAGAUGAGCUAAAGGUCCCUUCUGGCCAUCUUGAGGGAGUCCAUUCUCAUUCAAUAUCAGCUCCACACGAAUCUUUCCCUUACGACCUGAACUAUCCUAGUCCUUAUGCCUCUAAGCCACGCUCCCAGAGACGUUCAUUGUAUAUACCACGGAAGCAAGGGUCUGAGAGUGGCUCUGGAGUUAUGGGGCAGGUGCCUGUCAGAACAAAUAGCCUGCAGAUGUUAUCUCCUCAAAUGCAACAUGCACGGACAGCUCUUAACAGAGGUUCUGUUGGCUCCUCUCGUGAAGACUGUGCAGAUGUCCCUGGGACUGAACAGGCCUUUCCAGAUGGCAAACAUAGCAGACCACUGAUCAAAGACUCUACCCGGGACAAUGCAAUGCCAUUCCAUAGCCACCAGCAUCAAAUUGAGCCUGGAGGAUAUCAUGACUUGCAUUCAGAAGAUGGAUUAUCCACAAAAGAAAAUAAAUAUGUGUUUUCUGAAACAGUUCCCAGGGACAGACGUGUAAGGAGUUAUUACGAUGACUAUUCUUCAUUGGAGGGAACGUUUGAGCGAGGUCCAAUCAAUGUACCAAUGGCCAGUAAUGCUAAGUCAAAACAUUCAAAAAGACAUACAGCUUUUGAUCUUUGGAAAAGUACAGAAAAUCUUAACAUCAAUCCUCCUGAACCAACUAAGGAAAAAGGAAAGGGUUUCUUCAGAGCAAUAAAAAAGAAAAAGAAGAAAUCGCAAACGACUGAAAACAACGAUGGAGAAAAUCCAAGUAUCAGAAAAUCCCUCUUUCCUCUUUUUAAUGCAAAGAAUCAUUUAAAAAAUAUCUCUUCCUCAAGAAAACUACCUGUAGUCAAUCUUCCCAUGAUGCCUAGCGGGGACGGUCAGGAUCGCUUGGCGCUACAAAAAGCUAUAAAUUCCCGUCAGAACAGAGAAAGAGAUUGGCCUUCAGACAAGAUGGAGGAAGUUCCGUCUCAGAAACACCCCUUGAGAUCUCUGCGAAAGUUUCUACAGCUUCCUAUUUCAUCUAACCACUCUACUCCCUCAGAUGUGCGCUUUCAGCCGUUGCCAAACCAGCUAGCCAAAUCUUCCUUCGGUGAGGGCCGCAUCCAUCCUGGACAGACUCAUAACAGCAGUUUCAGACAAGAUUCUCAAGGAAAACAUAGAUCAACCUUCCAACUACCAGGUCAAAUGGAACCUAUCUGGCAUGUGCUGCCAAGCGGCAGGACCGGAAAUGAUGGAACUAUGAAUUCUGACCCGAUGACAUCUAAAUCCAGUCAGAAUGAUCAUUCUCUACAUUUAAACAGAACAGCACGCCUCAGAAUGCCAAAUCUAAAUGAUUUAAAAGAAACAGCUCUGUAGUCCUACUUCCACAUUUUCAUUCUCAAGUAUAAUAGUUUCUCUGUGCAAAAUGGUUUGAACAGUUCAAGACAUGCAGAAUUGUUUUGAAGUGUCUAAAACAUUUGAAUUCUAGUACCUAAUCGCUGUACAGAAAUAACAAAUGUCCACAUUAGUUUCUAACAAAACUCACAAUGCAUAUUGUGCUGGGAUUCUGAUCAGUUUAGCAGUUUGUAGUUAUAGCAGAUGUUUUAUUUGUAUACAGUAUUUGUUAGGAGAGCAAUUGGGGGUUGUUCAAAGUACCAUGUUUUGAUAGAGCACAAUGUCGCUAUCUACCAGUACACAGUAUAUUUGCUAGCUGGUGAUGCUUUUACAUGUUUGGCACACUUUCUUGGUUAUAUAUGUUAUAUAACGUGCAUUAUAUUUCAGCAUAUUAUGAGAAUUUCACGAGAGAAUUUUAGUAGUUAUUUAUGUUUAAUGAGUGGGCAGUAAGUUUGUCAAGGUUAAUGAAACCAUUUUAUGUUUUGUAUCUAAUACAGAAUAAGUACAGAGUAAUCUCUAAAAAUAAUAUACAUGGGAUAGCUUGUAGGCCGGGGCUUGCUGGAAGAUUGUACAGUCCUACCCACUUAUUUCAAACCUGUUUAUAUUGACAUCCUGCUUAUGUUGGAAAAAAAAGAUUGCAGUCCUGCCCCUUCCCCACAUAGGAACACAUUAAAUUUACUGCGUAUGUCGAGGUCGACAUAAACUUUGGCAGCUUACGUCACACUGAGCACACUGGAGCUGGAUCCUCUAAACAACGAGUCCAUUCAUGUCAACAUCCCACUUAUGUCGACAAGUUUCCAGCAGUUCCGCUGAUGUCGACAUAAGCAGGUCGGACUGUAACACAUUCAAAAAUUGUGCUGGGAUUAGGACCAGUUUAGCAGACUGAAAGAGAACAAAAUCAAGGAGUCAGUGUGGUCUGUUAGAUUCUUGAAGCACCCACCAACCAAGUGCAGUGUGUUUGGCUAUCUACUGUUUGAUCAUGUUGGAUUGUGUUGAACAACCGGAUUCUAUCGAAUUGUGAUAUGAACCGAAGUAUUAUGGUUUAAACUAUAGGGUUUUUAUGGUACUUAACGGGGAAUAGCAGAUCAUGUUUAUACUCUUUAGAGAGCACCAGAUGACAGGGAGUUUUACAAGGCUGUACCAUAUUCUAGGGGCUCUUUGACAUUACAAGUAUAGCCAUGAAAGUCUAAACCGUUAUCCAGAUCCCUAGUGUCUGGCAGCCUGUAAGAGCAUUAUUUUUUAUGCAAUUGCAGCUUUUUAAAUAAAAUUUAUGGUUUCUCUGCCCUUC